AUGAAAAAAACCACGUCAACGACUGCAACCACCUCAAAAGCCACAGGCAAGGAUAAGAAUAACACGAACGUUUGGGUGUUGACGAUAUACUUCUCCGGGUACAAGAGCUCAGAGGAUGAUGUCAGCAGCCGUUGUUUCGCGACCAGGGAACUUGCAGAGGUGGCAAUGAAGAGUGAAGCGCGGCGUCUUUACAGACUGUCAAACAUUAUCCAAGAGGCCAGCGAUAAAUACUUCGACGAAAGCAAGGACAGGAUAGAUUUUGGAGAAAGUUUGGAUAGCUCGGAUUAUAGGCGUGAAUUUGGUUACUGCCAAAUCGAACGCGUCAAACUAGAAGUCGAACUAGACGAACAAGACGUGUUCGUUAGCACUGACGAGGAUUCAGAUGAUUAA